AUGUGUGGUGGAUUGAUUCUUGACCUCGGAUGUUACCUACAAUCGCUCGGAGUCCUAGUUGACCUGGAAGACGAGACGAUCUUGAAUGUGACUGAAGAUCCCAGGUGCUCAUCCAACGACGGAGCCAACCCCACCAGGAUGUCCAGGCCCAACGCCACUACACAAAAGUCUUUAAUCACUCAAGCUUUGAAAGCUGAAAGGGAUGUAUCGGCGGCUUCCUCCCAAGGACAGGCGCUUGAGGCUGCAAUUGAUGCUGCUGAACAUUACAUGAAGGCUUUAAAAUUGGCCACUGUCCCGAAGGAUCAACAGACUUUGGAUGCAAAAUGCAAAGAAUGGCUCACCAGGGCAGAAAAGAUCAAGGAUGCCAUAGACUGGCGGACUGCCGUCCGCCCCAAGGACAGAAACAUACCGCGGUCACCCAAAUCCACACGCAAACUCACCACGCGUGAGGAGAUCAUACUUCUAGAGGGGGCCAAGCUGAAUGGGUUUAUAUUUCCACCGUGGUCCAGCUCUCCAGACUCCAAUGAAUUCAAGCAGGAGGACGGAAAGGUGUUCACUGACAGUCCAGAACUACAUCUUUCCGAUCUCCAGGAAAACAUCUUUGAUGGCUGGAAACGGCCUGUUGAGCUACUUUUGAAUCAUUUCGGAGAUCCAAAUGAGACGGCGGUCCCGGUUAUGUCAGUGAAAGGGAGAACGGAUCUCGUACAAGACGUUUUGACGGAUUGCUCGGUUGUUGCUAGCCUCUGCGCCACUACCUCGAGAUUUGAACGUGGUAUGGGCAAGCGUUUUCUGCCAGUGGUUUACCCAUGUGAAGACGAACAUGCAAACCCCCAGAUCUCGCCAUCAGGGAAGUAUGUAUUUCGAUUUUACUUUAACGGAUGCUUCCGCAAAGUGACCAUUGACGAUCGCUUGCCAUCGUCAAAGACUUCGAGGUCGCUUCACGUCAUUGAUCGAAACAAUCCUGCUUUUCUAUGGCCGGCUCUUGUAGAAAAGGCCUACCUCAAACUUCGUGGAGGUUAUGACUUUCCAGGAAGCAACUCAGGGACCGAUUUGUGGGUGCUUACAGGCUGGAUCCCCGAACAAGUAUUCCUUCAUAAUGAAGACGUGACUGGUGAUCAACUCUGGAGGCGCCUCUCCCCAGCAUUCCAUCGUGGCGAUGUCUUGCUGACGAUAGGCACUGGGAAAUUAACUGAGCGAGAGCAGAAAGAACUAGGCCUUGUCAGUGAGCAUGAUUACGCCAUCUUGGAUAUGAAAGAGUCCAAAGGUCGUCGGCAGAUGCUAGUGAAGAACCCAUGGGCUGGAUCAGACACUAUACACGGAGACAGUGGGGAUAUCUACAAAUCAGAAGACCCAGGUCUUAGCUCACCAUCUUUUUCGCCAGGCACCUUUUGGAUGGAGUGUGAAAAAGUUCUCCAGGACUUUGAAAACCUGUACCUAAACUGGAACCCAGAGAUUUUCAAAUAUCGGGAAGAUAUCCACUUUACAUGGGAUCUUUCAAAUGGCAGAGGAGUAGCUGGUUGUUUUGUGAAAAACCCGCAGUUUGCGGUAACCAGUGAAAUGGGAGGUGCUGUUUGGCUACUACUUGGGAAACAUUUCAGGACCUUUGCGCAUAAACAAGAGCAUGAUGAGUCAGGAUUUAUCAGUGUCUAUGUUUUCAAGGCUGACGGGAAGCGAGUGUCUUUAAGCGACGGAGCCCCCCAUCGUGGUCCGUAUGUUGACUCGCCCAACACUCUUAUGAGACUGGAGAUGCCCCCAAGAACAACAUACACAGUGGUGGUCUCCGAACAAUCCUUACCUUCCCUGGGCCAAAGUUUUACCUUGUCUGCCCUUUCCACUGCCCCUGUGCAGAUAGCGCAAGCUCGAAACAAAUACAUGUGUGAGAGUAAGGUCCAAGGUGCCUGGACAGCCCAAACAGCAGGUGGAAAUGCAGAAUCAGCGCGCUACCCAUUGAAUCCACAAUUCCGUCUGGAGGCUUCGGAUAUAACCGACGUGUCGCUCCUACUUGAAUCGUCGGACGCUGAACUUGCCACUCAUGUAAAAUUAUUCUGGUCCAACGGAAACCGAAUAUCGAGAGUCCGAAGCCGCGACAUUAUCACCGACAGCGGGGACUACCGUCGUGGCGGGUCGCUUGUAGAAAAGAGGUUUCUGGACAAGGGUGUUUAUACCAUUGUUUGUUCUACAUUUGCUCCCGAUCAGCUUGGCCGGUUUACGCUGUGGGUGUCCUCUUCUAUCCCUUGCCAAGUGACGCCGCUUGCCCCAGAAGCAGCUGGUAGACGGGCAGUGAUCUCCGACAUUGGCGUAUUACCUCCCGGAAAGGACAGGAUGUUAGCCCAUUUACACGUGCCGCGACUGACACGAAUCAAACUUAUUGCGAGGAGCAGGGAGUCUGUUAUUGGGAACCAUCCAGUCGGACCUUCGCCUGCUUUGAUGACAGUGGAGCUUGGGCAAGGACCAUACAAGACGAUCUUGGCGGCCUCGGAAGAUGGAAAUCACUGCGAUGCCAUCUCGGGAGUGCGUGUCGAAGACUUUGACUUGCAGUCGGGACUCGAGGAGAAGGGAGGAGUCUGGAUUGUCAUCGAGAGGAUCGGAGGCCCCGGUGGACAGGUGGAAGACCAUUUUGAGGUGGAGGCUUUGGCCGAAGAGAGAGUGGAAAUCGGCGAAUGGAUAGUGGAGGACGCCUGA